UUAGUGAAAUUUUAUUUUGGUGACCGGUAAAAGAAUUACAAAAAGAUUGAGUGGAGGCGUGCCAAAAUUGGCAGAUCAUUCAUCUAUUGGCUUUUCUGGAAUUCACCUUCUAAACCCACCACCUAUCAGUGUCGCCAUGGACGAAUAAUUCAUCUCUCAGUUUCUUUGGCGCUUCAAAGUUGAGAGAUAAACCCUUUGGUACUUACUGAACCCAAUAGUUGGAAAAAGACGCUGCCGUUUUCUUGGACGCAAUAAAGCUUUUUUAAAAAAUAGUCUUAAACCCCUUCUUACAUAAAACCCUUAACUUUCCAAUUUAGAAUAAUUUACCAUUCCACUGCAACCCAAUGAAUCGCCCCCAUUUCUUCUUCCCCUUUACUCUCUUCCUUGCGCAACACGACUUCUUUGAAUCUUUUUAUUGCCUUUGACACCUAAACAUUUCAACAAUUCUUUUUUUUUUUUUCCCAUUUAAAUUGUUCAUAAAAUUUGGUUCAAGGUUUAAUAUCUUUCAACAUUUCAGCUCCUAAUGGGAAGAUUCAAUUGGCUAAGGCUAUGUCGACGGCAUUGGGUUUCAACCAUGCCUGUGGAAUGGACGAUUGAUGGAGGCGAUGGGUUUAGGAAAUUUUCUACAAUAUUCCAAUCGUUAAAUCGUGAAAGAGCUUUGCACAGUUGCAGUUUUGGUACUGGGAAACCCCUUGAUCUCAUGACCCCAGGAAUGUCGUUGAAAGAGCGAUAUUUUCAUUCAACAGGGUCUCACUUCUCUGCUAAACAAGAUUACUACGAAAUUCUUGGGGUGCCUGAAAAUGCGACCCGAGAUGAGAUUAAAAAGGCAUAUCAUGCACUUGCCAAGAAGUACCAUCCUGAUGCUAAUAAAAAUAAUCCUUCUGCGAAGAGGAAGUUUCAAGAGAUAACAGAUGCCUAUGAGACUUUGCAAAAUCCUGAAAAGAGGAGAGAAUAUGAUACGAUGCGUGCCGGAAGUUCAGAAGACAUGGGAUAUGGUGCAAAUGGUGCUGAAGGGUUUGGAUUCUAUGGUGCAAGUGGUGCAAAGGGGUUUAGAUAUACUUAUCAAACAAACUUCUCUGAUUCAUUCUCUAAGAUUUUUUCUGAGAUAUUUCAAGAUGAGAUGGAUCAAUUUGCACCAGAUAUCCAGACAGAGAUCUUGCUCUCUUUUUCUGAAGCUGCUAAAGGAUGCACGAAGGAUCUACAGUUUGAUGCAUUUGUGACUUGUGAUUCUUGCGAUGGGCGUGGCUAUCCGCCUAAUGCCAAAGUGAAAAUUUGUUCAAUUUGCAGAGGCUCAGGGACAAUUACAAUUCCUCCAUUUACAUCAACAUGCCAUGCUUGUAAAGGAUCGGGCCGAAUAAUUAAGGAAUACUGCAUGUCAUGCCAAGGUUCAGGGGUUGUCGAAGGUGUUAAAGAAAUUAAAGUUACAAUACCUGCAGGUGUGGAUUCUGGAGAUACAAUACGUGUACCAGAAGCUGGUAAUAUUAGGCGACAAGGAAGUCAACUUGGUAACUUGUUCAUUAAGAUAAAGGUUGCAGCUGAUCCUGUCUUUACUAGAGAUGGUGCAGAUGUUUAUGUUGACUACAAUAUUAGCUUUACACAAGCAAUUCUUGGUGGUGCAGUGGAGGUGCCUACACUAUCAGGAAAGAUUCAAGUGAAAAUCCCAAAAGGAUGUCAACAUGGACAACUUCUUGCUCUAAGAGGCAAAGGACUGCCGAAGCAUGGUUUUCUAGCAUAUCAUGGAGAUCAAUAUGUCCGUUUCCGUGUUAAUUUGCCCAUUGAGAUAAAUAACCGGCAACGUGCGAUUUUAGAGGAACUUGCAAAGGAGGAAAUUAAUAAUGAAAAUGAAAGCACCGAUGAAGGCAACUGGCUUUACCAGCAGCUAUCUACUGGUUGAACUUACAGGUGGGAGAGAAUUGUUGAACAUGUAACAGCUCCAAAGUUCAUGAUUGAGAUUUCUCUACUCUUGCUAAUCCUGCUCUUCCUCAAAAAGACAUUGGCCUAAACUCACUCCAAUCACAAAAUAUGCCGCAACGGGGACGAUAUAGGAAAUGCCCCGCCACCCCAUUUUUCUUUUUUUCCAGUGGCCAGAGAUGGGGAUUGCUUGUUAUGGUUUUAGAGGGUUAAAUUCUCUAAUUACCAAUAGUUUGCUUGAUUCAUCUGGUUACUGAUUACAAGGGCAUCAAAGAGUGCAUCCAUUCCCUCCCCCGCCAACAGACUUUUGGUCUUAUUAGAGUGCUCUAGCUGUCUGGAUAUGGUUGUUGUUGUAAACCAACUAUACAAUAAAUGAAAAGGAAAUAUGCUUAUUUAUUAUAUAAUAAUAUACAGCAGCAUCUUAAAUUGACUGUUGAAUAUAUUCUUGGAGAGAGGACAAACACUUUGUUUCUAAACAAAAGAACAAGAGAUAUUUGAGUUUAAAUUAUUUUUAUUUUUGUUUUUGUUUA